AUGUGAAAAUAUAAGUGGAUUAAGCCAGUAUCAUGGAUUGAACACAAUGCAUAUGAAAAGUUUCGAUAUCACUGUUCAGCAACUCAAAGUGAAUAAGUGUUGAGUAUACAUGCAUUAUGCCUCAUCAUCACAAAGACCCAUUUCCAUAGCCAAUUUGCCAAAUAUUCUUACUUUAGAAAAUAAUUCCAAACUGAAAUUCCCGAUUUCAAAACUUGCUGGAGUUUAUUCAAAUUUCAUUAACAAAUUUUAAUGUUUUAUGCUUUGCAUGAUAUUUGCAUUGGUUGGGAAAAAAUUGUACAAUUGAAAAUACUAUACCAAAAGAGAGUGGGCAAAGUGUGAAAAGUUUUAUGACGCAAAAUUUCAUAAAUAGGACUAGGCACCUUUUUCCAAAGUAACUAGGGAAAGGCCCGAGAUUAUAGCAGAAGCAGCAUUGUCUAAAUCAAAGUUUUAUGACUUAAAUUUUUUUUGCAAAGUUAAUGAAAUAUCUUACAUACAAUGUAAUUGUCUCUGCACUAAAUUUGUUAUUUUUAUAACAUUUUGUUCAAAGUGAUUAUGCUAAAUUUAUUAAAUUGUAUAGAGAACAUCUAUGAUGCUUCAAAGGCUGUUUCAAAGACUGCCAGAAAGUCAUUGGCUUUCCCAGAGAAAGUCCAGGGACAUGGAGAAGUUGAAAUAAUAGUCAACUAUCCAAGUGGCAGAAAGUCAGCAUUUAUAUGGCCAGAGCUACAUAAAAGUAUUUGUAAAGUCCUGCUAAAUGGUAAAAACUGUGAAAAUGUUAUACUUGAUUGGCUUGCAAAAGAUCAUUCAAAAGAGAUUAUCAACUGUGCAGCCAGUAUUGUGAGAAAUGAAUGUAAAAAUGUAUGCAAAAGAAAUUCUGAUUCUAUUUUACGAAAAACAGAAUAUGAUGGAUUGUUUAACUUUACAUGGCAGUCUUUAGAUGCUGAGCUUCAAAAUAAAUGUCCAAGCUUAUUAAAAUUUCUGGAGUCUGCUGUUUGUGAUAUUGCUAUACCAAGAAGUAUUGACAGUAAACUUUACACAAACUUGAUGAUUACAACUACAAUGGUACUGCAUACAAGAAGUCAAGAAAUGUCUGCUGUGCAUUACUUAAUUGGCUUUGUGUUAGCAAAUGGUGGAUGCACACAGCAGACAAUUGAAACACUUGCAAAGCUAGGACUGACUGUGAGACCAGAAACAGUCCAUCGCAAGUUGCUGUCCUGGGGUGGUAUGCUAAAUGAGGAGAUUUUACAGAUUAAGAAUGAAUGGGCAAAGGGUGGCAGAAGAAAAUACCAACUUGUUGGAGAUAAUUGGGAUAAGGAUAUUUUACCCUCUUACCGAACAACAGAUAGAAAAACUGAAUCGUUACAUUUAUUUAAUGUAUAUGCCAUAGUUGACAGAAUAGUACCAGAAACUAGUGACAUUUUCACUCCAGGCCAGUUUUCUGUGCUGAACUAUAUUCCUUCUCUUCAUGAACAAAAUCUUCUGCUAAAUGAGCUGGUUUUCAUUUUUGCAACAACAGUCGUGGAACACGUACCACAAAUGCAAGCCCUUUUUGGCAAGAUUUACCCAACUCACUUAACUCACAAAUACUCAGAUGUCUGUGGAAAUAAAACUGAACAGUAUUCCCUUGGUCUGUUUGACUGUAAUGAAAACAAAACUCAGGACCUCAUACAGUUACUUAAACAUCUUACAGAAGUGUAUGUGCCUACAGACAAUGAAGAAAUUUUUGAAGCUGUUUUCUUUGGAGGGGACAGACUGACUGACGAAAGGGUCUAGUGUGCUCAGAUGGCAAUGAAGAAUGCAAACAGUCCGAGGGAGCGCCUUGAAGGAUUUAUAUCCAAAAUUGAAGAUUUUCACAGAUUGAUGAAUUUUUUAGAGGCAAUUUUCAAGCUCACAUACAGUACACAGUAUUGUGGAGAAAGAGGAACCAUGGCAUACUACCGGAAUGUAUUAAAUUACAGAAAUGCUAAGGGCGAUGUAAAAAAUGCAUACAGGGCAUACAAAAUGUUGUAUUAUGCUGUAUUAGAUGCCAUCAUAGUCUGUAUGUUCAUGGAUUUUUUUAAUGCAACAGAUGAAAAUAGUGACAUUCCAUUGCCACUCAACUUUAAUGAAUUAUCAGCUGAGGAGAAAAUACAGUGGCUCAACAACAUUUGUUCAAAACUUGUAGAAAAAUGGUUCUUUGAAAAUUCUAUAGAUAUCUGUGCAUCAGUGAGAGAAACUUUAGACGACAGUUCAAAUUCUGAAUAUUACUGGGUGUCAAAUAAAGAAAAUGAUAGAUUUAAGUGUCAUUUCUGUGAAAAGUCAUAUGCUUUUGUUUCAACAUUAAAGGAACAUGAAAUGAAGAAGCAUGGUUACACUGAAUCCAAGAAAAAGAAGCCAAAAAGAGAUAAAUCAGACAGUAUUCAAAAUUAUAUCCUAAUGUUAUUCAAACUUGUUAUGUUACACAAAAAUUUAGAUAAUGCUGUUGAUAUGGGUGAUGGUGAGCGUUGUGUUAGGUCUGCUAAAUAUGAGCUGCCCAUAUAUAACAAGACUAAUAAGAUAAAGUAUGAAAUAGGAUCCAUUCAGCUGACAGCACUAGCAGAGGAGAUACUUCCUGCUGAUCAAAAAGAGCGUUUCAAAGGCAAUAGAUUUGUUAAUGUGCAGGGUGGAAAAAACAGUAACAUUGCACUUGAUGAAUAUUUAGAGAUGUUAAACAGGGAUUCCAAACUAUCUUGUACUGGGUACAAAACCAAAAAAAGUAUUAUUAACCAUUCUAGAGAAUAUCCUCUCUUAACUAAAGCAGUAAAACAUGUGGAACAAAUCAGCAAUAUAAGAAAAAGUAAAGGUUUUCAUCACGUUCCAGAGUACAAAAAUGAUGUACGUAAAAUACUAAAGGAUUUACAGCAAUUAAAUGUAUUGCAUGACCAGACAAUUAAGUGCUCCAUAAAAAAUGUUGAUAAAAAUCCAUAUAAUAACAGUGCAACAGGGCUUGUAACAAUGAUCCACAGACAUCGACCAGCCUGUCCAUACAGGCGAUUGAGGGAUCAACAUGUAUAGUUGUACCACAUAACCAUGUUUGUCAUCUGUGAACAUGUCAGAAAGAAUCAACUAUGUACUCCACUAUUAUUAUAAAAUUUCACAUCUCCACUUGAACAUGUGCCUGAAAUAAUGCAUGGGAGAGCAGCUAAAGUCUUUUUCCAACAGUCAGUCACCACAUGAAAUGAUUUAAAACAUUGAUGUGACAUGUAACCCAGCCAAAAAAGUUAUAAAAAACACAGUUUCUGACAAAACGUUUUAAUUAUAUAUGAAGUAGUGCAAAUUGAUAAAUAUUUACAAAGUUAAACAAAAGAAACAUUCAUGAAAUUGCUUCAUUGACUUUUUUAGAGUUCUGAACACAUGGUUGGUGUUAAUAAGAAAAAAGGCAGUUAACAAUGUAUCUAAUAUCAAAGACUUUAAUUAUUCAAACAAAUUUUAAAUUGAUGAAAACAGAACAAUAAGUUGCAAUUAAACUACCAUGUAAUAUGUUUGUUAUGUAUACAUUGCUGCCAGAAAAAAAAAAGUAAUUACCAAGCAAUAAACUUGUACAUUUAACUUCAUUUAGGGCAAUACUCAAUGAACUUGUAAGGAUUUAACCAAAUAUGCUUAAUUAAAUGUAUCAGCUUUUAUAACAUGUGUUUCAUUAUUUUAUUGCUUUAUGUAAAAAAGGUUCAUAACUUUCUAAAUGUUACAGAGCAGCCUACAAAACAAUACUGACAUUUCUUUCCAAAGUCAAACUUUAAAAGGUUUAACCCAUACCAUAACUCUUAUUUACAAAUAAAAUCAUAAUACAGUUUAACCUCUGUAUAGCAGCCAACUCCUAUUGAAUCAUCUCUUUAAAACAAGAGUGACAUUUCUUUCCAAAGUCAAACUUCAAAAAGAUUUAACCCAAACCAUAACUCUUAUUUACAAAUAAAAUCAUAAUACAGUUUAACCUCUGUAUAGCAGCCAACUCCUAUUGAAUCAUCUCUUUAAAACAAGAGUGACAUUUCUUUCCAAAGUCAAACUUCAAAAAGAUUUAACCCAAACCAUAACUCUUAUUUACAAAUAAAAUCGUAAUACAG